UUUCUCAAUUCAAUGAAUUGCAUUAACUUGUCACUAAGUAAGUAAAGUCGGUGACACAUUAUCUGGGAUACAUCUCAUACAUUAUCUCAAUUUUCUUCCCCAUCAACUUUUCAUCGCAUCUCAUCUUAUCCCCGUUAGUUUGAAAAGAAAUCAGCCAUCUCAUCAUCCACCUACCUCAACUCUCACUCUCACUCAUCAGAGAAGCUUUUCAUCAUGGCUCGUACAUUCGUUAAGAAGAAAAAGAGAAAAAAAGAAAGAAGUAACUCUAUCCCGGGGUAUACUCGCACAGGAGAAAUGAAAAAGAAGAAACAUAAAAGAAAGAAACAUGACCUAAACACCGCCGACGCCAUCCAUCAGCUCAUUUUCUUUUUUUCUCUUUUCACAUACUUUUCAUAAUGAAAGCAA